AAACAUGGUUUUGAAAGACUGUUCCAAACAGGCGCUUCCUGAUUUGCCCCGCCUCCCUCUCCUCUCACUCCUUCCCACUGCAGCGAAGUACCGACGCCUCCCACAGCUGGGAGUAAUCUUCCCACCUGCCUCGGCGCCUCCUCCCUCUCUCCCAACCUCGCCCGUUCUCGCCUCGCUGUUCUCCUCUGUCACCUCUCCCUGAGAAGCGUGGCUCCUGCAACCGGCCUCCCCACCUGCUCCUCCUCUACGCGCCGAGCACCACACGACGCGACACAACCGAGCACGGCCGCUCCGCCACUCCACUGCUUCCGCGGUGGCGCCGCUUCACUCCCGUGCUGCAGCGAGCGUUACGGAGAUCCGUGGGGACAUGAACCAGGGUUUCUCCUAUCUGUUGGUGAACAUAAAGCUGGAUCCAGACCACAGAAUGCAUGAUAUUAUGCACCAUUGCACACGUCCCCAGAGAGUUCAGAGUUCCCAGUCAUAGAUGCCUUUUACUGCGUGUCUUGACAAAAUGAACAGUACCCAGUGCCCUUGAAAUGUGCUAGGAAUAUAAAGGUGACAGUGAAACUGGACAGAGUUGUAGAAGAUGCUAUCUGGUCGCAAAUCUACUAUUCAUGCAGCAGACUUUACACUGGAAUUUUGUUGUGAGCAAAGGAAAGAGGCCCAUGGAAAGUUUCAUGUGGUUACAUUUCAAGUUGGCUGCCUUUUUAGGAUCUAAUUGACAUCAGUAUGCACAUCAGCUGAUAAAGAAAGGAUGUGAUCCACCUCUAAUACUUGCUAGCUGGUCAAUGUAAAUAAGCCUAAGUCAGUGAUAAAAAGUUCCCCUCUCUCCUGGGAUUGCUUAUGUAGUCACAUGUUUUCACGCUUUUCAGUUACAUGUUACUAUCAAGCUACUUGUGGGUUUUUAGAGAAAAAGAUAUGAACUAAAUUUAUCAGUGGUCCUAUUGAAUAUGGAGCUACUGUUAUAUGUCAUUGUCUCAUGCAAAUGAUGGUGGCUGUAAGUUGUGAUUGAGGAACUCCAUUGUCUGAGAAAUGGAUGAAACACCAACUAGUUCUGGGCAAUCUGAAGCUAGUUCAUGUGAACCUAAUUGGUGGCCUCCAGACUUCUUGGAGAAGAUACAGUCUGCUUCCAUACCAAGGAAACAUGAUGUUUUGGGUAAUCAAAGUUCCUCAUCCUGGAAGGCUUCUCAAUUACUGUGGUCAACAGGAUCUUAUUCAGGGUUAAUCCCUAAUGGUUUCUAUUCAAUCAUCCCGGAUAAAAAGUUGAAGGAGACUUUCCCAACUAUUCCAUCACUAGAUGACUUGCAAACUCUUGAAGCAGAUGGGCUUAAGGCUGACAUAAUUAUUGUAGACACUGAGAGGGAUAAGAAGGUUUUCAUGUUGAAGCAGCUUAGUGCUGCACUUGUGAAAGGGUUAAGCUCUAGCCCAGCAUUAGUGAUAAAGAAAAUUGCAGGAUUGGUCUUUGACUGCUUCAAGCGCCAAAUUCCCGAUGCCAGUCCAACUAGAGGCUCGAUUGAAGAUACCCAUUUCUUUGGAAAUAAAGGACCACAACUUCUGGGGCAGAUAAGACAUGGAUCGUGCCGACCCCGAGCUAUUCUAUUUAAAGUUCUUGCAGAUGCCGUUGGCCUUGAGAGUAAACUUGUAGUUGGUCUACCAGAUGACGGUGCUGUUGGAUUUGUGGACUCUUACAAACAUAUGUCUGUGGUAGUUUCACUAAACUCUAUGGUGCUUCUUGUGGAUCUUAUGCGAUUUCCAGGCCAGCUGAUUCCGUUUUCAGCUAAGGCUAUAUUUAUAUCGCACAUAUCUGCUGCGGGUGAAAGCGACUCAGCUGAAAAUGACUCUUGUGAUUCUCCUCUUGAGCCCAACAGCCCACUUUAUGGAUUGUCUGAUAAAGUUGAAGUUGAAGGAAUUGAAUCUUCAUCAUAUCUAUCUGGACGAUCACUGCGUAAUAUGAUGUUGAGAUCAAGGACAUUCUCUGAGGGGAAAUUAAGCACGUCAUGUAGUGAACCAAAUAUAGCAAAUGCCUUUUGGAGGCGCAGCCAAAGGAGAGUUGCCGAGGAACCCCGUGGUGCUAGUUCCAGCCCUGAGCAUCCAUUAAUGAGAGCAAGGGGAAGAUCUAUACUUGGUAGUGAGAAGCAAUCAUUUCAAGAAUACACAGAAUCUGGAGCUGCUUCAAGAUCAGAUGGUCUUGGGGGCCCUUCAACCUCUAAUGCUCGAAGAAUAAGGCGAAGAAGCAUUAGCAUUACACCUGAGAUUGGAGAUGACAUCGUGAGGGCAGUUCGGGCUAUGAACGAAACACUAAAGCAAAAUCGCCUCCAAAGGGAUCAUGUCGAAGGUUCAUGCUCAUAUGUUAUGGAAGAUCAAAGCAACACCAAUGACUGCCCAAAUAAAGAUGAUGCAUCUUGGAGAAUUGGUGCUACUGACAGUGACUCAAGAAACCGAACUGGUUCUACUCAGAAGGCCAUGUCACUACCUUCUUCGCCUCAUGAAUAUAGAGGUCAAGUUACCCAAAAAAGUGAUGAUUUUAUAAGUAAAGAGAAGAUGGCAUUGGCAUGGAACAAAGUUUUCCAGAGCUCCCCAUUUCUUAAUAAGGCUUUGCUGCCUUUUAAGGAAUGGAACAUAGAUUUCUCCGAGAUAACAAUUGGCACGCGGGUUGGAAUAGGAUUCUUUGGAGAAGUUUUCCGUGGUAUAUGGAAUGGAACUGAUGUUGCCAUCAAAGUGUUUCUAGAACAGGAUUUGACAACUGAAAACAUGGAAGAUUUUUGCAACGAGAUAUACAUCCUCAGCCGGUUACGACACCCGAAUGUUAUAUUGCUUCUUGGUGCAUGCAUUACACCUCCACACCUGUCAAUGGUUACUGAAUAUAUGGAAAUGGGGUCACUGUACUAUCUCAUUCAUAUGAGUGGUCAGAAAAAGAAACUUAGUUGGCGUAGGAAGUUGAAAAUUAUUCGUGAUAUAUGCAGGGGAUUGAUGUGCAUACACCGCAUCAAGAUAGUUCACAGGGAUCUCAAAAGUGCAAACUGCCUGGUCAAUAAGCAUUGGACUGUCAAGAUAUGUGACUUUGGUCUAUCUCGACUGAUGAUUGAUAGUCCUAUGACCGAUAAUUCCUCUGCUGGCACCCCGGAAUGGAUGGCCCCUGAACUUAUACGUAAUGAACCUUUCACAGAGAAAUGUGAUAUAUUCAGCCUUGGUGUUAUCAUGUGGGAGCUGUGCACAUUGAGUCGCCCAUGGGAAGGCAUCUCCCCAGUUCAAGUGGUGUAUUCAGUUGCUAAUGAAGGGUCACGGCUUGAGAUUCCGGAAGGACCCCUCGGCAGGUUAAUCGCAGAUUGCUGGUCUGAGCCUGAGAAUCGACCGAGCUGCCAGGAGAUCCUAACCCGUCUGCUAGACUGCGAAUAUACUGUUAGCUAAAAUGGAAGCUGCAUGCUCGUUCACCCAAUUCCUGCACAGGUGAGAAUAUUUCUUGUAUAAAACCUAUAAAAAAAGCCUGCCGAUUCUGCGGACUUGAGGUCACAUAUUGAAGCCCUGUUCUUUUUUUUUUACAACGGCGACCUUUUCUCUCAAAAAUGUAAAAAAAUGCUUCCCCGGUUAUAGAAGAACAUAUUCUGGCCCAGAAAUGUGCCUUAUCGCAGGGCAAGCUAAUUCUAGAUAAUUAGCAUGCCCUCGAAUUAACCAAGUGUUUGUUCCGAAGAAUGUUGCCAGUUUGCCAUUACCCUGUGGAAUAUGGUAAGCAA